UGUUUGUUUACCUUUCCGGUGAACCACGUUGAACAGAACAGAACACGUUGUUCAUUCAUUCAAAGUCGUGACCACUUUCGCAGUGAUGGCGUUAGCGAUAGGAGCUGUUGCUUGGGGCGAUUUCUAUGGGUUGUUAUAAGCUGGCCGCUUACUUGCUGUAGUCUAGCUCUAGCACCAUGGAUGUGACACUGCCACUGGAUAGUGUCGCUGUCAACGGCAGUGACCAGGAACAUGACGGAUACAUUCCCCCCGCAGACGGAAUUGCCGAAUUCAAAGCCAUCACCGCCAUGGUCAAGGACGAGAAUCUCUGGAAAGCACUCCCUCCUCCACCUCCUCCUCCUCAUCCUCCGACGGGAUCACGGAGGCUCGUCGUCACAGCCGACGACCUCGGCUACUGCCCCGAGCGAAACCGCGCCAUCUUGGAGUGUCUCGCUCGCGGCGUCGUCAGCAGCACGAGUCUGCUCGUCAAUGCCGCGUACACGCGGGAAGCUGUCGCCCUCAUCCGGGAUGCGCAUCCCGGGAAGACGGCGUUGCAGCUGCCGAUCGGGCUGCAUCUGAACCUGACUGAAGGCAAGCCGAUCAAUGAGAGCACACACACGCUGGUGGCACAUGACGGCUUCAUGCGGGGAAAGAUAGGGUUCAGGGAUGCCUGGAAGAACAGUGAGAUUACAGAAGAGCACGUGGCGAUGGAGAUCAGAUCUCAGAUAGAGAAAUACAAGGAUCUGGUUGGCUGCUACCCACUACACAUAGAUGGUCACCAGCAUGUUCACAUCAUACCAGGCGUCGCGGACAUAUUCGCGCGUCUGCUCGUGGAGUACGGCGUCACGCGCACGCGUCUGCCGCACGAGCCGCAGCUGAUGCCCUGCGUCGACUACAUGCUGAGGGCGGCGCCGGGCGGACGGCCGACGGCCCGCGUGAAGUUCCUCAUAGCGAUCGACGACAACUGCAAGACGGCGCGCGCGACAUUCGAGAAACAUGGCCUGAGGUACGCAGAUCGCUUCAUCGGGCAUGGCGUCAUGGGUCCGAUGAUGACCGUUCCGAGACUCGCUGCCAACAUGCACGUCGUCUUCCGCGUGGGCGACGGCGAGUCCGCCGCGCGCCGGCCAAUCGCGUGCGAGAUGAUGGUGCACCCCGGCUACGUGGCGCACCCUGGUGUCGGCGGGUACGGCGAGGCGGGGCCGGACGAGUUUGCUCGGAGCGAGGAUCGCGAUGACGAGCGGCGGACGCUGCAGAGCGACGCGCUGAAGGAGAUCAUCGAGAGAUACGGCAUCGAGCUGUCGACCGCGAGCGACCUCUAACGACCUCCGAUAAUUACAUCUAACGACCUCCAGUUGACAUCUCUAACGACCUCCGAUAAUUACCUCUAAUGAGCUCCAAUAGAUAGCAAUAGUGGCCUGCAGUAGUCAACUGUAAUGACCUCCAAUAAUUACCUCUAGUGACCUUCAGUAGUGACCUCUAACGACCUUUGACAAACCCACCGAGGUGAGGUAGAGGGGUAACAAAGUGUGCGGGAAGUGGUGCGAACAUGCACCAGGUACUAGCUGUGUAGAUGUCACAAUGUCCGAGUGACUGUCACAAUGUCUGAGAAUGUUGGGGGAUGUCUGAAUGUCACAAUUGUCACGAGGUCAUGCAGUGUUUGUCACGAGAUCUGUGUGUGUAUGUUGCCUGUUCUGAGGGAUUGUCACACAAUCGGAAUGUUUGUCACAAUGUCCAAGUCAUUUUCUUGACAUUUUUGGUGAUUGUCGUCUAAAUGACUAUUAUGAGAUUGGAGUGAUUGUCAGUAAGUUUGAGUGAGUCACGAAACAAUUAUUCAUUAUUGUAUUAUUGUAUUAGUGAGAUUAUGCACGACACACAUCUUUCAUGCGGCACUGUGUAGUUACCCGACUGUGGUUUUGUUCGGUGUGGAGCGCAGUAUCGCAGAACAGUUGUCGUUGACAAUUCACACGUACACAAAUACCUGUGUGCGUAGACUUCCUGGUUACAGCAGCAGUAGUAGGUUUGCCCACGGGCAAGUGUAGUGACCUGUGUUUGUCACCGGUGGAGUGACACAUGACCUUGGCUAACCAAACCUGUUCUGUGCGACGGUACUACGUAUCACCAUUAUUGUGAUGGGAGCGACACAUACCUAACUGCCAAAACCGACCAUGUAUUGCAAGGCCACGUUUUAUUGUUUUUGGAAAGACCACAUCUAAGAGCCAACUAAAAGUUUUCUUCAGUGUAUUGCUCUGUUUCACUUGUUAUUCGUAGCAUUACUGCUAUAAACAAAAACAAGCAAACAAUAUUUUACUAUA